AUGGGCUCCAACGAACAAGUCACAUAUACCAACCGAGUUCAUGAGGGCAAGGUUGCAAUUGUAACGGGUUCAGCACGAAGCAUUGGUGCUGCAAUUGCUACAACUCUCGCCUCUAAGGGUGCCAACAUCCUGAUCAGCUACCUAACCGAAGCCUCAGACAGCGCUGCCGCUGAGCUCGCGGAUGAGCUACAUAAGAAACAUGGCGUAAUCGCCGUGCCAUGUCGGUCUGACAUUUCCACGCCUGAAGGUUGCGCCGCCAUCAUCGAAGCUUGUGAAUCAAAGAUGCCUCCGAAUGCCAUAACUAGCAAGCUGCAAAUCGACAUUCUGAUCAACUGCGCUGCUAUUAUGAUAGGCAUUGGUCCCCUUGAAACAAUUACGCAUGCGGACUUUAUCAAGUCGUACGAGACCAACGUGCUAGCCCCAAUCUUGCUCACGGCAGCAUGCAAGCCACACCUACCUACCGAUCGAUCAGGAAGAAUUGUGAACAUUUCCAGCAUCGGACAGAAGGUCGGCACUCCAUAUUUGACGCUUUACAACGGAACAAAGGGUGCGCUUGAAGCUAUGACGAGAACUUGGUCAAGAGAAUUGGCUGAACAUGCCACGGUCAACACUAUCAACCCUGGUUCGGUGCUCACGGAUAUGUUCCGUCAAUGUAGCGACGAGGUGCUGGCAGCGCAAGCACAGUGGAGUCCAUUGAUACCAUUGUCGGGUGUACGUGAGUGGGAUACCGAAGAAAUCAAGGCAGUGGGCAAGAAAUGGGGUGGUCGUCCGGCAUAUGUUGAAGAAAUCUCUGGCAUUGUUGCUAUGGUUUGUAGUCCAGAAAGUGCAUGGAUGACUGGUAGUGUUGUCAGUGCCAAUGGUGGCCAGUGUUUUAGCACGUAG